UUGUUUUUCUCAUUUCAUAAUUAAGCUUCAGUCGUCAUUCUGCACUGUAGUACUUUUUGUUGCAUUUUAGUCUGUUGACGAAGCUUGACAUUUUUCAAUCGGUUUCUCUGUUCUUCUCUUCUCACUACGUCCGUUUUCCUUCUCUUCUUUGUCCUUUUUGUUCAUGUCAAGAGUUCUUAGUGGAUUUCUUAAGUUUCAAUUUUUGGAUGUUUCAAUAGAUUUUCUUGAUCGUUCGAGCUGCAUUGGUAUUCCUAGGAGAAUUGGAGAUUUAUUAUGGAUUCUGCACAGCAGAGGAGAGGGGGGCUUAUCCCCGUUUCGCCUUCUCAAACUCCACGGUCAAAUGACAAGGCUUCAAGAGAUCUACGAUCUGGGGAUGGAAAUUCAAAUAAUAAGCAUGACAAGGAUAAAGGUGUUAAUGUUCAGGUUCUUCUCCGUUGCAGACCCUUGAGCGAAGAUGAAAUGAGGGUCAAUACACCUGUGGUGAUUUCUUGCAACGAGCAUAGACGAGAAGUAUCUGCCAUGCAGAACAUAGCCAACAAGCAGAUUGAUAGAACUUUUGUAUUUGACAAGGUUUUUGGUCCGGCAUCUCAACAGAAGGAUCUGUUUGAUCAAGCCGUUUCUCCUAUUGUCAAUGAAGUUCUUGAAGGUUAUAACUGCACCAUUUUCGCAUACGGUCAGACGGGUACAGGGAAAACAUACACAAUGGAAGGAGGGGGAAGAAAAUCAAAGAAUGGGGAUUUACCAAGUGAUGCGGGUGUUAUCCCUAGAGCUGUUCGACAAAUUUUUGACAUACUUGAAGCUCAAAAUGCCGAGUACAGCAUGAAGGUUACAUUUCUAGAGCUGUACAAUGAGGAAAUAACCGAUCUUUUGGCUCCCGAAGAAUGCACAAAAUUCAUUGAUGACAAGUCAAAGAAACCAAUAGCCCUCAUGGAAGAUGGAAAAGGGGGUGUUUUUGUGAGAGGCCUGGAAGAGGAGAUAGUCUGUACUGCAAAUGAAAUAUAUAAGAUCUUGGAGAAAGGGUCUGCUAAAAGACGUACUGCAGAAACCCUGCUUAACAAGCAAAGCAGUCGUUCCCACUCAAUAUUUUCUAUCACAAUCCACAUCAAGGAGUGUACACCUGAGGGAGAAGAGAUGAUUAAAUGUGGAAAACUUAAUCUUGUUGACCUUGCUGGGUCUGAGAACAUAUCACGUUCUGGUGCAAGAGAGGGAAGAGCAAGAGAAGCUGGAGAGAUUAAUAAAAGUUUGCUUACACUUGGUCGUGUCAUUAAUGCACUAGUUGAGCAUUCUGGUCAUGUGCCAUAUAGGGAUAGCAAAUUAACCAGAUUACUAAGGGAUUCUUUGGGAGGCAAAACUAAGACAUGCAUCAUUGCUACAAUAUCACCUUCUAUCCACUGUUUGGAAGAGACACUGAGCACCUUGGAUUAUGCACACCGUGCCAAAAAUAUCAAAAACAAACCAGAGAUUAAUCAGAAGAUGAUGAAAUCUGCGCUGAUAAAGGACCUGUAUUCUGAGAUUGACCGCCUUAAGCAAGAGGUAUAUGCCGCAAGGGAAAAGAAUGGCAUCUAUAUACCACGGGAUCGUUACCUCCAAGAAGAGGCUGAGAAGAAGGCAAUGGCUGAGAAGAUAGAACGCAUGGAACUUGAUUCAGAGUCUAAGGAUAAGCAACUACUGGAGCUUCAGGGGCUUUAUAAUUCCCAGCAACAGUUGACUGCAGAAUUAAGUGAAAAGCUUGAAAGGACUCAGAAAAAACUUGAAGACACUGAACAUGUGCUAUUUGAUCUAGAAGAAAGAUAUAGACAAGCAAAUGCCACAAUAAAAGAAAAGGAAUAUAUAAUCUCCAAUCUCCUAAGAUCUGAGAAAGCGCUUAUAGAGCGGGCAACUGAGCUCCGAGAAGAGCUAGAAAAUGCAGCAUCAGAUGUAUCUGGCUUGUUCGCCAAAAUUGAGCGGAAGGAUAAAAUAGAAGAUGGAAACAGAAUUCUUAUCCAGAAAUUCCAGUCCCAACUUACCCAUCAGCUUGAUAUCUUGCAUAAGACUGUUGCAUCUUCGGUAACACAACAGGAGCAUCAACUGAAAGAAAUGGAGGAAGAUAUGCAAUCAUUUGUCUCUACGAAGGCAGAGGCCACAGAAGAACUUCGAGAAAGGGUUGAAAAUCUGAAAGCCAUGUAUGGUUCUGGUAUAAAGGCUUUGGAUGAUUUAGCAGGAGAGCUUGAUGGGAAUUCUCAGUCAACUUUCGGAAAUCUGAACUCAGAAGUUUCUAAACACUCAUCUGCCCUUGAGGACCUUUUCAAGGGAAUUGCCUCAGAGGCUGAUAUGAUACUUAAUGAGCUUCAAGGCAGCCUUGCCAACCAACAGGAAAAGUUAGCUACAUAUGCACAACAACUGCGUGAGGGACACUCUAGAACAGUGGAAACUACAAGAUCUAUUUCUAAAAUUACAGUGAACUUCUUCAAGACAUUGGACAUGCAUGCAUCCAAAUUGACCCAAAUUGUGGAAGAAGCACAAACCAUCCAUGACCAAAAACUAUGUGAACUUGAAAAGAAGUUUGAGAAGGAAUGUGCUGCUUAUGAAGAAAGACAACUGUUAGAAAAAGUAGCAGAGCUGCUAGCAAGUUCGAGUUCUAGGAAAAAGAAGCUGGUUCAAACAGCGGUAGAUGGCCUUCGUGAGAGCGCAGCCAGCAGAACAAGUAGGCUACAACAAGAAAUGUCUACAAUGCAAGAUUUUACAUCCUCUGUCAAAGAAGAAUGGGCAACUUACAUGGAGAAAACUGAAACCCACUAUCUUGAAGACACUGCUGCAGUGCAGAGUGGGAAAAAUGACUUGGAAGAAGGUCUCCAACACUGUGUGACAAAAACAAGAAUGAGUACCCAACAAUGGUGGAAGGCCCAAGAUUCUCUGCUUUGCCUAGAAAGCAAUAAUGUUGCAUCUAUGGAUUCCAUCAUCAAGGGAGGAGUGGAAGCCAAUCAGCGCUUACGUGCUCAGUUGUCUUCUGCUGCUGCAUCUGCUCUUGAAGACGUUGAUCUUGCAAACAAGAACCUUCUUUCCUCUAUUGAAUAUUCCUUGAAACUCGACCAUGAUGCAUGCGAAAACAUUGAUUCUAUGAUUGUUCCCUGCUGUGGGGAUCUAAGGGAACUGAAGAGUGGUCAUUAUCACAAGACUGUUGAGGUUACAGAAAAUGCAGGAAAAUGCCUGCUAGAGGAAUAUAUGGUGGAUGAAGCAACUUGUUCAACACCAAGGAGGAGAUCAUUCAAUUUGCCAAGCAUGGCAUCCAUUGAAGAACUUAGAACUCCAUCAUUUGAGGAGCUGUUGAAGUCAUUCUGGGAAACAAGAUCUCCAAAGCAAGCCAAUGGCGAUGUAAAACAUUUAUCAGGGGCUUAUGAGGCAGCUCAGUCCUUGAGAGAUUCAAGACUUCCUCUCAUUGCUAUAAAUUAAGGCGGGGGGGAUGGUGGUUUAUGAAGCAUGUAUAUAUAUGGCUUAAGUCUGUACUCACCUACCUUAGUUGUUCAAGAAGUGUCGCCAAUUUGGGGGCGAAAUAUACAUAUGUCCAUGGGGGUAUAUAUAGAUAUAUACAGAUCUAAGUUUGAUUUAUUCUUUUUUGUUUUUUUUUUGUGGGGGAGUUUCAAUUCUUUGAAAUCCUCUGCUUAUAAUGAGUGCAGUAGGAUUACCAAUAAGAUUUUUUUUUUCGUGCUAUCAUUGUAUUCACUAUUUAGGAUAGGUUUUCAUAUAUUUUAUUACUAGCUAGAGCCUAGACGAUCCACAUAAAUGAAUUUGAUCCUGGAAGCUGUCUGGAAGUUUCUCA